AUGGUCAGGCAACUGCCAGAGGGCUCUGGGACCUCACGGGGGUCUUUGGUUGCUCCAGGAUUUGUCCAGCUGGUUGGAGGGGACAGCCCCUGCUCAGGACGAGUGGAGAUCCGUGACGGGAACCAGUGGAAAGCUGUCUGUGACUCAGACUUUGGUCCCAAAGCCGCUGACGUGGUCUGUGGGGAGCUGCAGUGCGGCGUAGCCCUGUCCAUGCCUGGGGCAGCUCAUUUUGGAAAAAGUGGUGGUUCCAUCUGGGACAGAGAGCUGCAGUGUUUGGGGAAUGAAUCCGUUCUUGCCUUCUGCCCAAGAGGGUCCCCCAGGGACCAGCCCUGCACCCAAGCCAACACUGCCGGUCUCACCUGCACAAAGUACACAGGGUUCAAGCUGGUGAAUGGCAGCACAGCUUGUGAUGGAAGAGUGGAGGUCCAGGUGCUGGGGACCUGGGGCACCCUCUGUGCUUCCCAUUGGGACCUCUUGGAUGCCCACGUUCUCUGUCGCCACCUCAACUGUGGGUUUGCUGAGUCCAUUCCUGGAGGAGGGCACUUUGGGAGAGGCACGGGCCCCACCUGGAGAGAGUCAUUCCACUGUGAUGGGACUGAAGGCCACCUGGGACAGUGCCCAGUGACUGCCCUGGGAGCCUCACCAUGCUCCCACGAGAAUGUCGCUGCUGUCAUUUGCUCAGGGCACGAAGCCAACCUGACCCUCUGCAACACCUCCCUGGCCGAGAGUGUGCUGGCAGCAAGUAUUGCAGAGGACGUGGGGGUCGUUUGCUGGGGGAGCCGGCAGGUCCGGCUGGUGAACGGGUCCGGGCGCUGUGCUGGGAGAGUGGAGAUCUACUACCGGGGCAGCUGGGGGACCAUCUGUGAUGAUGGCUGGGACCUGCCCGAUGCCACUGUCGUUUGCCACCAGCUGGGCUGCGGAGGGGCGGUGGAGGCGGUUGGCUCUGCUCGGUUUGGGGAAGGCUCCGGGCAGAUCUGGCUGGAGAGCGUGAACUGCUCCGGGGCCGAAGCUGCUCUCUGGGACUGCCCGGCAGGGUCCUGGGGGAAGCAUGACUGCGGGCACAAAGAGGACGCAGGAGUCGUCUGCUCAGAUUUCAUGGCCCUGAGGUUGGAGAACAGCACCACCUGCUCCGGGCGCCUGCAGGUUUUCUAUAAUGGGACAUGGGGGAGCGUUUGCUCCAACUCAAUGACUCCCAAAACGGUGUCGCUGGCCUGCAAGGAGCUGGGCUGUGGGGAUGCAAAAUCCUUGGAACGAUACCCGACCUCUGGCAGGCUGACUGGCCCCGCCUGGCUGGAUCGCGUGGAAUGUGGGGAGAGAUACAGCUCCUUCUGGCAGUGUCCCUCCUCUCCCUGGGACCCACAGUCCUGCGAUGACCUGCGAGAUGAGACCCACAUCACCUGCAACGACAGGGAGAAGAUUCGUGCCGUGGGAGGCGAGAAGGGGUGCUCGGGCAGAGUGGAGGUGUGGCACCGUGGCUCCUGGGGGACGGUGUGCGACGACUCGUGGGACAUGCAGGAUGCUGAGGUGGCAUGCAGGCAGCUGGGCUGUGGCCCCGCAGUGUCUGCCCUGGGCGAGGCUGCCUUUGGGGAGGGGACGGGCCCCAUCUGGCUGGAGAAGGUGGAGUGCCGGGGGACAGAGCCGUCUCUGCAGGACUGCUGGGCCCAGCCUGGGGACAGCGGUGCCUGCCGGCAUAAGGAGGACGCUGCCGUGAACUGCUCGGAUCCCACCCAGGGCCAUCCAACGGGCAGCGGGAGAGUCUCAUUGCCCGUCAUCAUCUGCAUCAUCCUGGGAGCCCUUCUCUGCCUGCUCCUGGCCCUCCUGGCCAGGCAAGUGUGGAGUGCUAGGGCUGGACGCCGAGGCUCCGAGAGAGCUUGGGAGCCCUUCCCUGAGGCCCUGUAUGAGGAGAUCGGUUACAGCCCGGCGUGGGAGAAGCAGGCAAGGUUCAGCGGCUCAGGCUCCUAUUCAGAGGGAUCCCUGACCAAGGUGCAGCCCCAGCCCGGGGACAGUGAGGAGGAGGAUGGUCUGGGGUCAGCCCCAGACGUCCCUGUCGGGCCCAGAGGUGACCCAGCAGAUGGCUAUGAUGAUGCCAGGGAGGUUUCUGACCCUGGGGAGGAUCCUGCCUCUGGGCAGGGAGACUGGGAAAUGCCCAGGGCCCCAGAGGAGGGAGCAGGGCCCAGGGAUGCACCUGGAGGGGCAAAGCUGCGCUCCCAGAGAAGUGCUGGGGCCCCUGGAGCUGAGGGAGAUGCCUGGUCCCUGUCCCCGGAGAGCACAGGCUAUGACGAUGCUGACGAGGUGUCUCUGGCACAUCCCCCUGAGGACACAAAGGCUGUGACACCAGAGCUCAGUGCCCAACAGUCCCUGGGCCCCGGGCCAGGACAGCCCGUCCCUGCCAUGCAGCUGGGUGCAGCCAGGAGGGAGGAGAGGUCUGUGCAGCUGGGAGAGCCGUGA